GUGACGUUGCCACCGCAAGACUAAUCAUGUCAAUAUGUGUGGCUCCGUACUCCGGAGCCAGAUUCAGCUAAGAGCAAGUGCGAGAUGGCAGCGGGCGCCGGCAUCAGCGCCGGGCAGGACGCGGCGCGCGCGCCGCCGGCGCUGCCGUGGACGGUGCGUCUCCAGCUCUUCGGCCUCAUGGCGACCUUCGGCGCCACGACGCGGCGCGACGGCACGGUCAACCGCUUCCUCUUCAACCUCCUCGACCGCCGGGCCCGCGCCAGCGCGCGCCCGGACGGGUCCGGCGUCCGGUCCGCCGACGUCGACGUCGGCGUCGGCGCGCCGCGCGGCCUGUGGGCGCGUGUCUUCUCGCCGUCGGAGGCGGGCGGGGCACCACUCCCCGUGCUCGUCUACUUCCACGGCGGAGCCUUCGCGCUGCUCUCCGCGGCCUCAGCCCCCUACGACGCCAUGUGCCGCCGGUUCUGCCGCCAGCUCGGCGCCGUCGUCGUGUCCGUCAACUACCGCCUCGCGCCCGAGCACCGCUGCCCCGCCGCCUACGACGACGGCGUGGACGUGCUCCUCUACCUCGCAUCCACCGGCCUCCCCUGCAUCGAUGUCCCGGUGGACUUCUCCCGGUGCUUCCUCGCCGGGGACAGCGCCGGCGGCAACAUCGCCCACCACGUGGCGCGACGCUGGACGGCCAGCGCCACCUCCUUAGAGUCCCCGCCUCCGUCCAACCCAAUUCGCCUCGCCGGCAUCAUCCUGGUGCAGCCGUACUUUGGCGGCGAGGAGCGGACGGACGCGGAGCUGAGGCUGGACGGCAAGGCGCCGGUGGUGACCAUCCGGGGCUCGGACUGGGCGUGGCGGGCGUUCCUGCCGGAGGGCGCCGACCGGAACCACCCGGCCGCGCACAUGACCGACGAGAACGCCGACCUGGCCGACGGCUUCCCGCCUGCGAUUGUGGUGAUCGGCGGGCUCGACCCGCUGCAGGACUGGCAGCGGCGGUACGCCGACGUACUGCGGCGGGAGGGGAAGGCGGUGCGGGUGGUGGAGUACCCGGAGGCCAUUCACGCGUUCUUCUUCUUCCCCGUGCUCCCCGACUCCGGCAGGCUCGUCACGGAGAUGAAGGCGUUCAUGGAUGAGAACAGCUUGUCCGAGACGGCUGCUGCGUGAUCGCCACCAAUUGGAUUGCCUGGCCAGUCCUUGCGGUGAAAUUACUUGCUCGAUGUAGUGUUCAAAAAGUAUUCGGGAUCACCCGUCGGCAGCGGGCAACUUGGCAGACUGUUACUAUAGGUCGUCGUGUAUUGUCGGUUCUUUCUUUUGUUUGCAUAGUUACGGUCGUGGUACAUACAUUCAUGUGUAAUAGGAUAAGGGUAAUUAAUUUGGCACUCAAUUGGUUGCGCUGUGUAAGAGUUCAUUGUAUA